GUCGCUAAAACUAUUAAUGAAUUAUAUAAAAGUUUUAAUACGAAUCAAUAUCCAUUUUGUGUUGUCAAUUUUCGGCUUGGAAAAUGCCAUUAUGAUGUUAAUGUCACUCCUGACAAAAGGACUAUAUUUAUUCAUAAUGAAAAUAAAAUUCUUGAGGAAUUGAAGAACGAAAUGAACAAUUUUCUUGAACCAUUCCGUUCGACUUUUACAGAACCAGAUGUAGCUAAAUGCGACAUAUUUCAUACUGAUAAUGAAGCUGCCGAAAGAGAAAGAGAACCAAAAGUAACUAAAUGUGACCUAUUUCAUACUGAUAAUGAAGCUGCCGAAAGAGAAUUAAAUAGGAUUAUAAAAAAAAGUGACUUUAAACUGAUGGAAAUCAUCGGCCAAUUUAAUCUUGGGUUUAUAAUUGCUAAACUAUUUAAAGAUGAGAGCCGUGACUUGUUAAUAAUUGAUCAACACGCAUCAGAUGAGAAAUAUAAUUUUGAAAAGCUUCAACUUGACACUAAAUUCGAUUCUCAGCGACUAAUUAGUCCAAGACAUCUGGAACUUACUGCUGCGGAAGAACUGGUUGCCAUUGACAAUAUAAACAUCUUAAAAGCGAAUGGAUUCGAUUUAGAGGUCGAUUUAGAGGCUCGAACAACAAAAAAACUAAAGCUAAUAUCACAACCAAUAAGUAAAAAUAUUAUUUUUGGCGUCAAGGAUUUGGAAGAAUUGAUUUUUAUACUGAGUGAAAGACCCGGAGAAAUGGUUCGGUGCUCAAAAGUUCGAAAUAUGUUUGCUACUCGAGCUUGCCAUAAAGCUACAAGGAUUGGUGAUGCGUUGUCAUACCAACAAAUGGAAAAG